AUGCGCAUCCUGACAACCAUCUUCUAUAAUUCAAUCAGUGGCGAUGCAAACGCGGAUAUGACUGAAGAAAGCAGUCAUGAGUUCAAGUCUGCAAUAUUACAGAACCUGGAUCUGGGGCAUCUUCACUACGACAUUGAACUAGCACAUCAUGCCGCUGGAGCUAGUCCUCUCAAAUCCCCAGUCAUGAAAAGCCCGAUGCACAGAGCAUUGAAAGAAGCUCUGUCGAUAUUACAGGAUUCGGUGCUAUCUGAGAUGGACUUGUCACAUGGAGUCCUUGUCUCCGCUUUCCCAGAUGGGUACUCAAUAUACAAACCCAUGCUUCUGCUUCCACACAAUGCUUUUGGAUCUAUAGAAUGGGAGUCAUUUCUAUCUCGGCAUGCCGUGGAUUCAGAGUUGCUAGCGCCGGUCUGGCAGCACGUUGCAGCAUCAGUCGGUGCAACACAUGUAGCAAUCAACUCACCUAUCCCACCAAAGACAAACACCAACCCCAAUAUGGAUUUAGGGGCAAGCCACAACCAAGAGAACAUUCUGCGCCGACCAGUCAAUCUUGUACCGAUACACGGUGACUUUGGACCCAGCCCUACGCUUCAGACAAUCUCAUGUCCCACUGCCACUGACUUUGAACGAGCUUUAUGGGUAACGACAAAACAAAACGGUAUUUGGCAAGUCUGGGCACCUUUAUAUACUAUGUUUAGCCGUGGCAACAUCCGCGAGAAGACUCGAAUACUCAACCUCGCUGCAGUCGCCACUGACUUGGACGAAGCCUCGGCAGCUGUGGAUCUCUAUGCAGGUAUAGGUUAUUUUGCCUUUUCAUACAAGAAGAGUGGAGAGUACCGCCAGGACGGGAUUCGCAGAGUACUGUGCUGGGAAAUCAAUCCAUGGUCAGUUGAAGGUCUACGACGAGGCGCAGAGAGGAAUGGUUGGUUAUGCAAGAUUAUCAAGGGAGACGACCUUUGUCGGUUGAGGCAGAAUAGUACAGAGGCCCCGAAUGAGCUUGCUUGCCCAGCACUCAAUGCAACUGACCUACAAAAAGCAGACUUUUGGGUGUUCCAGGCAAGCAAUGAAGGAGCCAAAUUAGACUAUGCAGCUAUGAGUACAAGCUUGGGCUUGGUUUGCCAGCUGCCCAUUCGGCAUGUAAACCUAGGCUUACUGCCUACUUCGAGAUUGUCAUGGGGUAUUGCAGUUGAUAUGCUAGAUGGGCAACGUGGUGGAUGGAUCCACGUGCACGAGAACAUUGGGAUCAGAGACGUCGAGUCGAGAAGCAAAGAGAUUGAGGGAGAGAUUGACAAGCUAGUCAAGCGCCGAAAUGACAGGACAGGCAACAUGGCUGUAAGGGUAGAACAUGUUGAGUGGGUUAAGAUGUAUGCGCCAGGCGUUGUGCAUUGUGUCUUGGAUGUGCGUGUCCAAGGAGUACUGUAG